CAAUGGCAAUGGUUGGUAGGGGCUAGCGAGUUACCUAACUGCAUCCUGACAGAACUGGUUUUCUCCGCAUCGCAUCGCAUCGCCCAAACACGCAGGAAUGCUUGACCCGUUGAUGGUGGAUGAUCGCAGACACGGAUUAAGUAACCAGCGCUAUCCGGAACUAUUGCUCUCGGUGGAUCCCUCGUUGGAUGUCUGGGACUCCUUCUGGGUCCCCCGACCGAUCGCCGUAAUUGGAGACUCGAGCACCGGACUGCGCGCUAGAGGAGGUCAUUCCGAAGCUGAUUAUCAUGGUCCCCAUCCUUAUUCGCCAAACCACCGCGAGGGACGCCUGUGGCUAUCACUCUCCCACUGCUUCAGGUCUCCAUCUCACUCACUCUCCUCUCCCGAAGAGCGGAGGCCUGCAAUCCGUCUCGCAGUCUCGGUUCAUUAUUAUCGGAUGCUUGCCAAGCCAGUAUUCUGAACGGAGUAGCGUCUGGUGGAGACCCGGCCAUGUGUGCGACUAGUUCGUUUGGAUGCACUGAGAAGGUGCCAUCUAUCUAGAUAGAUGGGAAGACAGUGGCGGUUCACACU